UAGCCAUUUGUGCACAUUUUCUUCACAACGCUGUAAUGCAAGUUUCUUUAGUUUAAAUCUUUAGUUUAAAUAACCAACUCAGUCUGUAGUCUAAAGAACAGAUGGAAGGCUAUGUUCAGGAUCUAGAAAAGGCUGCUAAGAAUGGCACACAUGAGGUGUUCGAUACGUCUUCAGAGGGAAUGUGCAAAAAAUGUCAGAGACGUGGUCCUAUGGAUUUAUCUGACCAUGAAGAUGAUCCAUGUGUAGAGGACUUCUUUCCUGUGGACAGCUUAGAUCAAUCUUCUCUUCCUAAAGGCUACAGAGGAGAAGAUUUGGAGGAACUUAUUAUAGUCUGGUCUAAACUAACAGUCAAAGUAGUCGGCAAACAAGAAUGUAGCGCUGGUACUGAAUCGAAGAAGGCGUCAAAAGAAUGCACUGGCACAGUGUUUAAAGUAGACAUGCACACUGUAGGAACAGGGGACAAAACUGUGUGCCCAUGUCCCGGACAUAAGAGUGAUACGCCAAGUAAAAUGAUCUGGUGGAAGGUGCAUGUGAGAACGACAAGAGAUUUCGUCGACUUUUUCGAGAAGAGGAAUCCAAAAAUGUUUCAAUUCUCAACGAAAUAUAACUUGAAUGAGGAAGAUGAGAUGGUGAAUGUUACUUUAGAUUGUAUUCAUAUUCCUCCUUUAAACAAUGGGGAGAAAUCGUGUGUUUUGGAGUUUGCCACACACAAUGUGAAGUUUGGGUAUAACCUAAGAGACUUGUGUCUACAGUUUCAAGAUAUCCACCGCACUGUCUACGAGAAAUACAGGGCCAACACAGAUGUGAACCUGACCAUCAUAAUCUCGUACCCGCACGGACAAUCCGACCCGCAGGUAUCCAUUGGUCACUGGGUGCACCGCGCCGUCACGGAUGGCCGGACAUGGUACAUGUACACAACCCCGACAUGUCCAGGCACUGCUGGGGCUCUGGUGUACAGGGUUGGUCAAAAGUUAGGGGAUGAUGUUCAUGUGGGCGUGACCAGUGAUGGUCUAGGUUUUAGCGGGUAACUGAGGGAAGAAAUGGACACUGGAUCAGUUAUUAGAAUCAAUGUAAGAUAAAUAAUGUGAAUCUGCAUUUAUAUAGUAUACCAGUCCUUUUCGAAAGGCAACAAUCUAGAAGAAGAAAAGUUCACAAACAAUUUAAUCGAACUGACAAUAAAAAUUAACAAUGUAAAAUCUUUUAGAACCAUUGUAUAAAAUAGUCCUUUAACUCAAAUGUUGAGCAGAUACAGAUAUUUAUUAAUCGUUGACUCCGUUUUGUAUUUGUAUUGCUUUUAUCUAGAUUUUUAACAAUUUGUACUGGGCUUAGCUGAAAGCUGCAUUUUACAUAUGAGUUAACUUUUCAAACUUUGUGUUUAGUUAAUUUUAAUAAUUGUUCUCUCAAACAAAUAUGUGCUAAUCAAAUAGAUUAUUGUUUAUUUCCAUAUCAUCCUCAAAGGAAAUUUUGUUGAACCUUGUCAUCUAUUUGAACCUAUUUGUAGUGAAUUUUCUCCAUUUAAUUAUGUUGUUUUAAUAAUAUCAUUAUU